CAAUGAGAAAACGUACCUGAAUAAUGGCCCAAGGUUCUGCUUUUAUAGGAGUAGGUAGUGUACUCCUAGUAGGAUUGUGUUGGUUGGAUGUUUUUAUCCAAGGGAAUUUCUAUUAUAAAGAAUGUCCUACUUGUAACGGAAUUGUUUGACAAGUGGUGUUAGGGUUGAUGUAGAAUCCUUGAGUGUUUAGGUUUGUUAGUUAGGUACCCAGGUCUUAGGAGGUAUGUUGGUGGUGUAUGUCUCGAGGACUAUUCUCGAGGACAUUGAGGAAAUGUAAAUGUGUUCUCGAGGUAUCUCGAGGACUACAAUAUCUCGAGGACUUAGAUGACCUCGAGGACCGAAGAAGAGAAAUGAGGUGGGGUAUAUAUUGAGUCCUCGGGAUACACUCCUCGGGGUAUAUCAAUAUUGGCAUAGUCAUUGGCCCCCGUGCACUCGUCCUAGAGGUCGUGCUCUUAGGAUGGGGUGCACAUGGGUUAUGUUAUCUCUCGAACAUUCAUCGAGAAGUGACGCCUGAUGAUAUAGGUCGAGAUAUUACCGUUGCAGAGAGUGGCUUGGAUUUGUGACACGUGUCUCUGUGGACGGUCGUAGAUAGCGACCUUUGACCUCCCAUCAUUUUCACCUAUAAAUACUAUUGUUCUUACCUUCAUUUUUCACUUUUACCCACUGUAAAUCAGAGCUCUGAGAGGUCGUGCUCGAGAGAAAUACUUUGGGAACUUCUCAAGUCGUCGGGAACUCCAGGUAAGGCUCGAGACUUUAAGUUAUUCAUAAGCUAGGUCUUUAAGUUUGUUAAGUAAUGUCGAGUAGUGAGGGUCGAGAAUCUUCUAGCAGUUCUAGUAGUAGUGAGGAGGAUGUAGGGACCUCGAUAAUACCGACGGCCAUUCCCCUAGAGGCUACUCCCGAGGCCCAAGUCAAUAUGGUUUUUGAGUAUCCCGACGAACCCUGUAGGCUUAAAGAGCACUAAGUCAUAGCUGCGGCUAGGGAAUAUGGUAUAAUGCCUAAUUGUGAUGUUAGAUUUCCUGACCCCGAGGAUAGGAUUAUUCGAGCACGACGAGGGGAGUUUGUUAUUUUUAGGGAGACCCUUAAGGCUGGCUUUAAGUGGCCCCUUCACCCUUUCUUUAUUGCUCUAUUAGUCGAGCACUCCAUGUGCCCGGGGCAAUUAGUGCCCAACGCCUGGAGGAUGCUCGUUUACUUUUUUAUAGCGUGUAGAUACUUAGGUAUCGAGCCCAACGUUAGCCUCAGCAAGUUAGUGUUCGAGCUUAAGAAGCAUCCUCGAUACACGUGUUUUGGCUAUCUCUCGACGAUUGGGGGCUUUAAAGUCCCGAGGAUGGCAAGCUCUUUAAAGGGGUGGAGGGCGGGGUGGUUUUAUGUGGUAGCCCAAGAACCCGAUCUUCCUUUCUGGCCUGAUUGGGGAAUCCCCGACGCCGAGAAGUUCUGUGAGGGCCAGGUGUAUCCGGAUGUCUUGGAAGAGCAUAGGAGGAUGCUGGUCGGGCUCAGCCCCCUUUUCUCGAUGAUGAAGGAGAUUGGGGAAGAGGUUUUAGAUCUGGCAGAUAUUAGAGGCGUCGAGGGUAUGUCUUUUGAUCCUCGUGCUCUCCGGAACUUUGUCAGCACAAGGGGAGGCGCCCCUCCACAGGGGCAGCCCUCGAGGAAGAAAAGCAAGAAGAGGCCUCGAGGGGGUCCUGAGGGUGCGAGGGGGCUUGGCGAAACUUCUCGAGGACAUCCAGAAGUCUCGACCCCUCUGCAACCGAACCUCAGAUCUCCGACUCCUCGGGUUGUCACUCCUCGGCCUCCUUCUGAAGUGGUUGACCUCGAGGAUGAGCCGUCUCUCACUGGGGACUUUGGGACUUGUCACCUCGCUCCUGAGCUUGUAAACAAAUACAAAGAGGAGGUCAAGCUCGAGGAUGGGAUGAAGGUCCUCGAGGGUCUCACAGUGAAGAUGUUGAGUAUAGCCCGAGGACUCUCUCUGCAAGGGCUCGAGGAGGCCAAGAGGGCAGCUGGGGUCGAGACGUCCAUGGCCUCUAAGGACAGCAGGAUUCAAGACCUCGAGGCCCAGGUCGAGGUUUUACUGAAGGAGCGCGAUGACGCAAGGAGGGAGGCUGCGAAGGCCAGGGAUGACUUGGUUGCAACAAAGGAUGAGGUCGAGGGGGCGAGGCUCGAGCUCAUCCAGAAGACAAAGGAUUUCGGGCGCGAGCUCGAGGCUGUCAGGGAGAGGGCUUGGGAGGAGUUUAAAACCUCCGAGGACUGCGACAAGAUAAAAGGGGAGUAUGCGUCGGGGGCGUACUUCCAUGCUCUGAAAGAAGCCCGGGCCUUCCUCAGGCAGAAGUUGCCCGACGUCACUCCAGACGACCUGAAGACGGUGCCUUCCAUUGCUGAUACAUUGGAGCUCUCGGGUUCAGAAGAUGGAGGAGGAUCUGGUGGAGAUGAUGAGGAUGGUCCUGAGGACGACGUUGAGAUCGACAUCAGCAACCUCGAUCCUCCUCUCGGCCACAUUGGAUGACUUCCCCACCCCGAUCCUUUGUAAUUUUUUUGUUUAAUUUCAACAAUGUAAAUUGAUCGAGGAUUAUGUAUGUUUAAUUUAUUCGAACUAUUUAUCUCGACCUCUUGGACUCCAUACAAUCGAGCAAUCAAAUUCAAAACUUUACUGCUCGCGCGAUAUUGAAGUGUUUACUCGAGGAUUCCACAACUCGAGCGUAUUUAAGGGAUUAAAAGGUGAGACGUACAUUCUUGAGCACAAAAAUAUGAUGAUGUGACACAUGAUGUUGU